GCCAUUAAUCAAAUAGAAGAAGAGCUUAAACUUGUGAAGGAAAAGAUUUCCGAGGAUGAUUUCGAUUUAGAUAUUGUAGAAAUAGAUUUACCUCCCAUUAAAGUCAAAAAACGGGAGAAAGUUCUUGAGGCUAUUCACAACAUUUUCCAAGCUGAAAGGGUUGAUGAUAAACUGUUCAUCAAAUUUAAUGGUGGAAUGAAAGAAGAAAUACAUUUCGCAUUGAAUGUUUCGCUUCGUCAACAACUUCCAGCGCCCUAUCUUGGUCAUUGGGCCGUAGGCGCAGGUUUUAAUGCAGUGCAAUGGUACAAAAUGCAAUGGAACGAACAUAUUAUUCUUGGUACGGAUUCGAAUAAAUUAAUAUCUAAUCUUGGACGUAUCAAGAAUAAUAAAGGUGUGAUUUUAAAAGGAAAUUUUUGCAAAAGAAAUGGUUAUAUACGAAUUGAUUUAAGCAUUAAUAGUAUUCGUACAUCAACUGGCAUCCAUAUCCUAGUUGCACAAGCCUUCAUCUCUAACCCAGAAAAUAAGCCUUACGUUAACCACAUUAACGGCAUCAAACAUGAUAAUCGGGCUGUUAAUUUAGAAUGGGUAACUCUUAAGGAGAAUGCAGAACGUAAAAUAUUCCCGAAUAUUGGUCGUGAUUACAUUGAACCAGACCUCAAUGAAGAAUGGGAAGAAAUAGAAGUUAAUUCACAAAAAUUUAAAGUAUCAUCCUUAGGCAGAUUUCAGUUACUGAAUGAUGUGAUCACUCAAGGAUCUUUGUAUGCAGGCUAUUACCGAAUUGGCCAUAUUCACAAAUAUCGUGUUCAUCAUUUGGUGGCGCUAGUAUUCUGCCCUAAAGAAGAGGGCAAAAAAUUUGUGAACCACAUUGAUGGCAAUUCCACCAACAACAAGGCGUCUAAUCUCGAAUGGUGUACACCAAGAGACAAUAUACAACAUUCGGUGCGUCUCAGACCUCAGGAUGGUUGGGUGCGUCAACAUGCUGUCAAACAGAUUUUUGAUAAUGGAUCUUUCCAAGAAUUUCCAUCUUUAACUGAAGCACAACGUAUAACUGGGAUUGUUCAAUCAAGUAUCGGGAAAAGUAUGUAG